GAACGUCAACACCAACCCCAUUGCGUGUAUGCACUGAACCAGGGAUUGCUUGUUUACCUUAUCGUUGCGGGUGCCGUAGUGCCUCCUGCAAACAACCAACAGAACAUACUAUCCAUUACUUCUAAUUGACCAUUCCCACCUGGUGCCAUGUCCACCCCCCUAUCGCCGCUGACGUCCUCGCGCCAGAACUCUCGCGUCCUCUCCUCGCUAUCUGAUGAUGCAUUAGAGGGUAAAGGUGCGGCGACGGGCUUGGACAUCAAUGAGGGACAGGAAAACAUCUUCUCAAGCCCUUCCGAGCCGCGUGACGAAGUCUCGAUACCACUUCAAGCCGAUGAAGGUCAGGACAUCGGCCAUGGACCACCAGAUUCUAGGGAUGAUAACGCAGAUUCAGAGUUCUUUCAGGUUGCCCCUAGCUCACCAUUCCAGAUCGAGGGACGGGACGAAACAGUUGACUUUGCGAGAUUACGCGCCAUGAGCCGACAGCCAUUAGAGAGCAUUAAGGAGCAUUCCUCAACGCCCAGAAAGCGCUCGUAUGAGCAGGUUCCUGGCUGUCAGGAAACAGACUACGAGUUGGAGGAAAGGUAUAAAAAGGUCGCCAGUCGGAGAGAAGCUUCGGGAAUGGGCAUACUUCCCGAUGACAAUGUUGAGCCUAUUGGCCACCAGCAGAGCAGAGCAGAUAUGAAGGAUGAAGAAAUUGUCCAUAGCGCGGCCGAGGAUAAGAGCAGGGAGGGCCUGGCAGCUCCGCUUCAUGAGACCGAACAUAGUGACGAUGAAUUAGACCAUGAUGAACUUACCGACAUACACGAAACCAACGACCCUAUGAAUGACGACUCUCAUGACUCCAUAGAUGAUACUCGACUCAGUACCUUCUCUGCUGUGCCAGAUAUGACCACUUUUGCCCAAUUACGAAGUGACUCUCCAUAUAAACUAAAGCGAUCCCUCCCAGAAAGCCCGGGACAGCAUGAUGAGUGUCAACGCCAAACCGCGGAACCGACUACACCUACGACUGCACGCAAAUCGCCUGGGAAAACAGCGUUGGUAGAAGCGGGUACACCAUCGCCCUUUAUUACACCGAGAAAGCGAGAGCUCAAAGAUACAGGCUCGACUCCCAAUUUGCUCGAUCUCGGUGACCAGCCUGGUUUCUUCUCGCGCGCACGGCAUAACAUACAAAAUGAGCGAUACUCGCCACUACGACGAUCGCCUCUGAGGACUGCUCGAGAGGCAGUAAAGUCACCUGCCAAAGCUUCCCUGUUAGACUUCGACAUACCCAGCAUUCCAACUCCUCGAUCGAUCCCCACGAUCACCCCGCGGGAGCUAGAGUCCUUGAAAUCUGGCUUUCUUAGUGAGAUUUCGUCUCUGAAAGCCACACUCAGCGGCAAAGAGGCGGAGGUUGCCAGUCUCAAAAGAGCAAUUGCAGAUGCGGAGCGGCGUGUCGGCGAGGCAUUGGAAGAGGUCCGCAACGAAUCAGCGCGCCGGGAAGCAUUGGAAAUUGAACAAGCCGAGUGGCAUCAGAGAGGUCAAGACUUGGAAGCCGUCUUACGUGAUGUGAAAGCUGAAAUUGUCGAAGGCGAAAAGGAAAAGGGACGACUCGUCAAGAAAGUCGACGAUGCCGAAAAAGCCAAGGAGCGACUGGAGGGAAAAGUAGUAAAGCUGCAAAGUCAAUUGAGCGCUGCCCGCAAGUCUUUCUCGCAAGAUGAUUUACUACCUAUGAGCUCCUCCGGGGUUAGAACAGCCGAGGAGACUGCGAAGGAAGUCCAAGACGCCGUCAAGAAAGUUGCACAAGAGCUUCACAGCGCUUACCAAAAGAAGCAUGAGACAAAAGUUGCUGCAUUGAAGAAGAGCUACGAGGCCCGUUGGGAGGAGAGAGUUCGUGAGGCCGAGAAAAAGUUGAAGGCUGCCAUUGAAGAGAAUGAACAUCUGAAGAAAGAGCGGGCUACCGUCCAUUUGAAUGCUCCACGCGACGAUCCAAGUCUCAGUUCCGAUGAGAAGGAAGAGACCGGGGCAGAAAAACGUGAACUCGAGGCAAGAGUCAGGGACCUACAGCAGGAUGUGGUUAUUCUCAGGGAAGAAACCGAACGGUUGCAUGCUGAGCUGAAGAUCGAACGAGCGGAAAAGGGAGAGCUUGUUGCUGCUGUUGAUGAGUGGUUGUCCAUUCAACCAAAUCAAUUAAGCGAACCAAGCCUCCCCCAGUCUCCCCAUGCACAGAUACAUCAGCCGCCGGAGCCGUUGCCAACCACAAUUGAAUUGACAAACGAGAGUGUUCAGCGGAGUGUGAGCCAAGGUAGUUCCACCAGCGGCAUCCGUCCUCCCAGCGCAGGGGUUGUCCAUGAGCGAGAAAGGAAAAUUCCAAAGAUCGGCGUGCCAGUCAAUCGACCAGGUCGCGGAAAUAGCAGUAGUAAAUCGGGGAUUGCAGUUUUCACCCCUGGGCGCAGUGGUAUCAUGGGCUCGAUCGAACGUAUGGGCCGCGGCGGUGCCUAGGGAUCCAUCUUAAUUCUCUUGCUUGUCUUUUCUUUUCUUUUCUUUACUUUUUGCAUUGAGAUAUCCUAAGGAGGCGUUUUGUUCCACCAUGACAUUCAGGACCUAUGUGGUAUGAGAAGGACGAUAAGGUAGUUAUGUAAUGGUUGAUGCAAUGAUGCGUUGUAGUGAUAUAAAUCGGAAUAUCAAGAUAGC